UACUUGAGCAGUGUUUUGAUUUACCAACUAAGCAAGAGACGGACGGACGGGGGAGAAGUUUCUUUUCGAGCGACGCCUUCUCCUCUUCGUUAUGGAGGUCCAGGCACAUUUUUCCCGUGAGGAAAUCAACAACACGGUGUGGGAAGUCCCGGAGAAAUACACACGGCUCAAACAGAUAGGGACUGGGGCGUACGGCUCGGUUUGCUCAGCAAUAAAUGAGAGGACUAAAGAGAAAGUGGCCAUCAAGAAGCUCCACAGGCCCUUCCAGUCAGAGAUCUUUGCUAAAAGGGCCUACCGAGAGCUCCGACUGCUCAAACACAUGAAGCAUGAAAAUGUGAUAGGACUUCUUGAUGUGUUUACACCUGCCUCAGGCCUCCAUGACAUCCAGGACUUCUACCUGGUGAUGCCUUACAUGUUUACUGACCUGUCGAAGGUGCGAGGUAAUCUCUCAGAAGACAAAGUCCAGUUUCUCGUCUACCAGAUGCUCUGUGGACUCAGGUACAUUCACAAGGCUGGAAUUAUCCACAGGGAUCUUAAGCCUGGAAACUUGGCUGUAAACCAAGAUUGUGAACUCAAGAUCCUGGACUUCGGGCUGGCUCGCAGUACUGACGCUGAGAUGACGGGUUACGUGGUGACCCGUUGGUACCGGGCCCCUGAGGUCAUUCUGAACUGGAUGCACUACACCCAGACCGUGGACAUCUGGUCUGUGGGCUGUAUCAUGGCAGAAAUGAUCAGUGGAAAAACCCUUUUCAAAGGGAGAGACUACAUGGACCAGUUGACUCAGAUAAUGAAAGUAACUGGAGUACCUGGCCCCGAGUUCAUACAGAAGCUUGACAGUCCAGAGGCCAAAAACUAUGUUAAGGCCCUUCCUCGCUAUCCCAGAAAAGACUUCUCAACGUUGUUCCCCAGAGCCAGUGCAAAUGGUAUCGACCUGCUUGAGAAGAUGCUGGUUCUGGAUGGAGACGAGAGGCCAACAGCCGAAUUGGCUCUAGAGCACCCAUAUUUCGACAGCCUAAGGGACCCAGACGACUUUCCUGAGCCUAAGCCAUACGAUGACAGCCAUGACAACGCCACAUUGACCCUGGAUGAAUGGAAGCGGUUGUGUUUCAAAGAGUUGAAAAGCUUUGUGCCGUUCCCACGGCGGGACUCUAAGAGGAAAAACACCCUGACUAUGUCUCAGUGACCUGAUGAAUGACUUUUAAUUACAGAUGCCACUAGCUAUACAGCAUACAGCCAAUGGUGCCCUUGUAUAUUCUAACUAUGGAUUCACUCUAUUUCUUUUACCCUAGAUAUGUUUAGAUUUUGAAUCAGUGUUCAGAAGAGUGACUAUUUUAAAACUGUCAAUGUGCAAUUGUUUCCUAAGUGUAGAUUGCUCUUUAUGUUACACAUUCCCAGUGGAUUGUUUUGCAAAUGUAUUAUGACCUUAUAUCACAGGGUUUACUGUGAGAUUUACUGUAAUAUUGUUUUCCAAUUAAACAAUAAGAGAAGAUGUG